UCGACGCACACUUUUCAUUAAGGCGAUUUCAACGAGAUAGAGCAUUUUAGCCAAGACCCUGUUGCGACAGUACUUAAAAGAGAAUUUCACCAGCGGUACUCGCCAGAGGAAAUUAAGUGGUACGGUCAAUUUACUCGCACUAGGAGCGAUGUAUCACAAUUAUUAUCUUCUGCUUCAAGGAUUCCUUUUGCUUGCUUCCCUCGAGGAAUUGUCGUUUCUCAAUAAUGGUGCGCUGUAUCAAGUGAGCGCCUUCAAAACCAAACGCAGUUGCCAGGAUGACACGAUGAACCUACAUUGCCCGGCCCCAAAGGUGCUGAAGAUCUAUUGUGCAACUUACCGUCAAACGAAAAGUGACAAUUGCACAAGGAAAUCUGAAUAUUGUGCUCUUGAUGAUAAAAAAAAUUUGACAAGUGAGCGUUGCGAAGGAAAAACGGCGUGCAAUGUCACAGUAGAUACGAGUACAAUGGGAGACAAUUGUCCCGGCAUGUUGACCCUUAAGUAUCUGAAAGUCAUGUAUAGGUGUGGACUGCCCAUAGUUAAUGAUACGGAUCCACGUAAGGACAUCAAAAUUAAAUACAUCUGCCAGGGCGACUCGAUGUAUUUAAGUUGCACGGCCUCAGAGGUGCUUAAUAUCAUCCAGGCAAGAUACGGGCGAGAGAAAAAAGAUAAAAACAAAAUUUGCAUAGGGAGAAGGAUGGAUUAUGUCAACACUGCUGAAUAUUGCGCCCCAGAUGAUAGGGAAGAUUUUGUAAAAGGGCGUUGUGAAGGACGCACAAAGUGUAAUUUCACAGUAGAUACGAGUACCAUGGGAGACAAGUGUCCGGGCAUGUCGGUCCAUAAGGAUCUGAAUGUCAUGUAUGGCUGCGUAGAGAAAGUAUCACCUACACCACCUACGACCGUACCCCCUACCGCGUUCGCCGAAAACAAGUCUACAACGGUAUUGACAAAACCUUCCUCACCCUCUGCACCCUUUAACUACGCAACCCAGUCCACGACGACUGAGAUGAGCCCGAAGUAUCCUGACGACAAUGAUGAAGAAGACGACUCCGCUGGUUAUGGCUUUGUCAUAUAUAAUACUGGAUACGGCAAUCAGAUCUCUCAUGUAAUGACAGCCUUGCUGUUUGUUGUAAAUUUUCAUUUUCAACCUCUGUAAUUAUCAAGUCGCCAAGCAACCGCUGAAUUCUACACUUGGAACUCUAAGCAAACGACAAUUAAACACGAACAAGCCUGACGACCAACAAAUGGGGAUAUUAAGUCAACCAAACAUUUGGCGCCCCUUUAUUGUCUGUUUGGUGACUACGUUAAAAACAAUUCUUCGUGUAUCGUGUAUUACUUAUUUCUAAUAUAUAAUUAAUCAAUCCAAGAUAAUUCUGAUCUUAAGAAAAGGUUGAAUAUUACCUUCUGACAGACAUCAUUUCUUGAGCCGUGGUCGUAAUCGCUUAAACUCCAGAGCCCAGUUGUUGAGAGGGUAGAUAACGCAAUCCAACGGAUAAAUUACAAUCCAGUGGAUACUGACCCAACAAACAUACUGCACUAUCUAUUGGAUAGAGAUUCAUCCAGUGGAUAGCGUUAUCCAUCUCUGAACAAAAGGUUACAGAUUUUUAAAACAAUAGGAAUUUCCAAGAGAAAAAGUGUCAUGCAGUUUUAAGUGAUUUUAUUGUCCUUUAAAAUUCAAUUGCACUCCUGGGUCUUUCAAAGGUCUUUUGGUUUACAUGUCGAUAGGAGUAGUAAGGCGUGGCUCAGCAUUUUUAGCCACAUGUCAGUUAACGAAAAUAUUGCUAUAUUGCAGGAUGGUCAAAAGAAAAAAUCAGCCUUCAUCCAUCCUUUGAUAUCAAUUGAUAAAUUAAUGAAUAAUUACUCCAGAAAGAAAUAGAAAUAAAAAUAUUGAUUAUGUCGGUCGCAAGUUGGAAACGGA